UCAUUUAGCACUUAGAAAUUUCCAGUCAUGCUUAUUCCACGUCGCUGACAAAACAGACACUAAACCCAAUUUUGUUAGCAAACGAAUUGCGCUGUAGAUCAUACAGAAUGGGUGCCGUGCUGGGCAGUCCCAGUCCCCAGGCAAGUCUGCCCACAGCGCAGUCAGGAGGUGCGUCAGAGACGGCUCCACGAGAGAUUUCCGAGACCAGGCCAAAGUCGCUCUCGCCCAAGCCGAGCAGUCGCAAGCGGACCAAAUCCAAGUCGGGCAAUAUGAUGAGCAUUGACCAACGAUUACCAGCCGAGGCCAUCCACCAGGAGUUCGAUCGCCUGCUCGUCCAGGUGCAAGACCAUCUGACGGACGUCGAGGAGAGACCGUGCCUAGAGGCCGCCAACAAGAUGAAACGCUGCCUCCGCCAGAACAGCCAGCACGCAUGCAGGUGCUUCAGUGCCAUGGAGGUGUACCGCAACUGCGUGAUCCUUGCCACACAGGACCGCGUCGACGACCUGGCCGAUGAGGGGCCGCCACUGAUGCCCAUGACGCCGCCGCAACCCAUGCCACCUCCUAGCCGCUCCACAUCUCGCUCGAAUAGAUGGUGGAAAUUCUGGCACUGGUUCCGCUAAGUGCGGCUAUUGUUUGCUACACUAAAACCAAAUCGAAACUCUAUACUGCAUGCUCGCCGCCACCCCACCCCCCCAUUCAGACCGACAACAAAAAAAGUUUCGUUAAUUAUUCGAAGAAGUCUGCAUUGACAUUAGAAGUAUUUAAAUUAAAUUCUUUACGUAUCCUGUAUAC